ACUGUCCCUCUUUCUCUCAGUCCUCUGAUGUCUGUCAGGAUGAAGCUGUUGUGUGUGACUCUGGCUCUCCUCCUCACUGCAAAUUUCUGUGACGGUAUAACAGUUAAACAGUCUCCUGUCCUGUCCGUGUGUAGAGAAGGAGAUGCGUCAGUCACUCUACGGUGUUACCACGACGACAGCAGCUACUACUACAUGUUCUGGUACCGACAGAGAGACAACAACAUGGAGAUGCUGACAUAUUCUCAGGGUCAAGGCUUGUGGGAAAUACAACCUCCCUUUGAGAAGGAUGUACAUUACACCAUGAGCAGGCCGGAGCUGACUAGAUCCACUCUGGAGAUCAAGAACUUGGAGGUUGGGGACGGGGCUGUGUAUUACUGUGCUUCCAGUACAGCACCUGUGACUUCAACCCAACCACCCUUCUUUGGCAAUGGAACCAAACUCACUGUUUUAGAUCCAAACAUCAAAGUCACUGAACCCACAGUGAAAGUCCUAGCACCCUCCGCUAAGGAGUGUGAAGAUAGAAACAAGAAGAAGAAGAAGACCCUAGUGUGUGUAGCCACCCGCUUCUACCCCGACCACGUCACGGUCUUCUGGCAAGUCAACAAUGUCAACAGAACUGAAGGUGCCGGGACCGACAACAGGGCCUUGUGGGAUAAAGAUGGUUUAUACAGUAUCACCAGCAGACUGAGAGUCCCAGCCAAUGAAUGGCACAAACCAGAGAACAGAUUCACCUGCAUUGUCAGCUUUUACGAUGGGACUGACAAUAUAAGAGUGACUAAUGACACCAUUAGUGGAGAUCUCCAAGGUCAAAGUGGGGGAGAGAUAACGACAGAUUACUAUGUGAAGAGCACCCAGACUGCCAAGCUGGCCUACAGCAUCUUCAUCGCUAAGAGUACCUUCUAUGGCCUGGUCGUCAUGGUUAUGAUUUGGAAGUUCCAGGGCUCCUCAGAGAAACAGAUUUAACGGAAUACAAGUGGCCCAAGGAGGAUGUCCUGCAUGGGUGUUGAUUCUUCCAUGUGAUCAAGAACGGACUGGCAAAUGGGCAAUUCUGGCAAAUGCCAGAUGGACCGAUUCAUCUUUAGCCCAGUGGGCCUGUCUAAAUUGGCUUUUUUUUUUUUUAGCAAAAUAAUAAUAAUUUGUCUAGUAAAGAGGGUCUUAAAGAAAAACAUGGGCAGGUGUGUUAGAAAUGCCUGGGCCGGUUUCUGGUCCCAGUCUGCCCCUGCAUAUAAUUGUAUUGUCCAUUGUGCUUAUUGUUGCCAGUAUCUCUUUAUUGCCCCGUCUAUGUGAAGAUGUGCUUUGAAGAAUCUCCUAUGAACAUGAACUGGCAAUUUAAAUGUAUAUUUAAAUAAAUUCAGCCAAAACAAUCUUUCCAUUAACUUACAAAAUCAAUGUCUGUUUGUUUUUCCAGUAAUUACAGUAGAUUAUGUAUCAAUACACUUUGCUUUCCAAUUUCUAAAUGUUAGUUUGUGAAUAAUAAACGGUAUAUAAUUAGGGGACAGAUCAAAAUGUACCUCUCCACAGUUAAAUAUUGUCACGACCCUCCCCCUCAUAGAAUUAACUCAAUAUAAUGUUUACGACCACAAAUAACAAGAACUGUAGCAACCCUGUUUUUAUAAACGUGGAUAUUGACUUUGCCACUUCAGUCUGCUUUUCUGGCACAGUUGAUGCCACGCAGGGCUUUGGGCCAGAAGGUUGAGGGUUUACCGACCACCACAGACGAGCUCCCUCUCCCUGCCUGUUUCAUCACAUUACGAUCAGAGACGGAGGCAGACCAUGAUCAGCUAGGGGGAAAUCAGAGUUUCAACAUUUUGAUGCCAUAUUUAUAUAAAAUAUAUUCAACGAAUCUUCCACCGACAGGUUUGACAACCAAUUAACAAAACAAACCAACUUCUGGCACUUCGAUAUCAUGAUUUGUUGUUUUGAACAAACAGAAAAUACAUCCCUCCCUACCUUGUAGACUUACCCAGUAUUGAAGGCUUGGCUUGACAAUCUCCUAGUGUCAUUAAACUUUCUAGUGUUUUGGAA